UCAACAUCUCCUCCACGCUCCGGCCUGUUGACCCCGCCGUCUACUGGAGGUGUCUGCAAGCAAGAGCCGUUUGCUCGGCCACAGGAGGCACACAACAGCAACAGGCGUCAAACGAAGGUCAAGGAAGGCGAAACACUUACUGAGUUCUUCGAAGACUACAACGAAGGGUCCGACAUCGAGAUCGACAAUGGCGACCGUGGCAGCAACACCAGCUCCGCUCUAUCGGGCAAUAGCUCGCAACUUUCUGUUCGCGGGUCUUCGACUGCUGCGACCACAAUUUCUACAGCUUCCGUCGCUCCUGCACCAGCCAGCCUCCACAAGUCCGACCUUGCCUCGCUUGUUGUGUCGGCUACCACAUCUAAAGCCGUCGAGCCGUUCCCUUUCCUAAAACUACCUCUCCCUCUUCGCAACAAGAUCUACGAGCAUCUGCUGGUCGUCCCGGCCAUCAUCUGUGUGCGCCAGAAGCACACUGCAUACCACGAUGAGCGUAAAGCACUUCUCUACACCGAGCGUCGAGAACUCCUUCCUGGUAUCGCAUACGCUCUUGCUCAAGUUAAGGUCGACGGUCUCAAAACUCGUUUCUCUCGUCUUCCAGGCAUCAACAUCAACAUCCUUCGUACCAGCAAAGAGGUCUUCAACGAAGCGCGGGCGGUCAUGUACAGCAAAAAUGACUUCGAGGUUGUCAAGCCCACCGACGAGCUGACUCCGCUCCCUGAUUACAGUAUCCCUCUCUUUCCCUCGGGGUACCAGCGUCUCGUCACAAAGUUAAACAUUCGUAUUCGGACGUUCUACGACCUGGACUGGCUUCUAAGUGGCGGGUACAAUGUCAUGAAGAAAUACUACCGCGGACUUGACACGCUUACCCUCGUCCUCGAAAUGGACGCAGCCACAAAAGGCUUUGGACACCAAUGGGCCAGGAAGUCAAACGAGAAGUGGACUGUCUACAUCAAGCGUCUUCGCAACGAUCUAACGGAGGAUUUGAUUGAGAACUCAAAGUCGACGAAGGCUACCAGCAUCCCGGUUUGGAUCAAUCUACGGGUGCUCUUUGGCGGCGAGGCAUACGCCAGCAACUCACAAGCUCCUAUCGACAUUGUUGACAUCGCAGUAACCAAUAGCAUAAGGAACGAGCAGGCUAAGAGGGAAGAGCUCAGGAGUGCCUUGGUUGAGACAUUCGAGCUCUUCAAGAAGGGCAGCAAGUAA